UGUUGAAGAAAUGUGUUCAUUGCCUUGUGGUAAUAAACUAUGUUCUAAAAUGAUGGAAUCACCAACAGGCCACCGACAUUAUGCUCAGUCAAAUAACUUGACAGGAGAUCCACGUGCAACAGUGUCUGCAGACACACGGCAUGUUUCUUCAUCUCUCACAUCAGAUGAGAAUGAAGACCUUGAUGAUUCAUUGCUGGAAUUGGAGGAAAAGGAAGGUGAUGGGGAGGAUCUAAUGAACCUUACAUCAGAGGAAAUAGAUAAGAUUCUCCAGGAAUCAGAUGAUAACAUUGUUGAUAAUUCUGAUUCAUUUAAAUUAGGUGAUGUGAGUGGAAUAGGUGAUGACGCACUUGGUGAGCAUAAAUAUAGUGACAUUAGUUGCUUCUCUUUGUCUCCCCCAAGUACAUCACAGUUGCCCAAAAACUACCUUGUUACUGAUGAAUUAGAAACAAGUUAUUUAGGUAAUGACUUGACAGCAGAUGUUUCUGUAUUGAAAGUGGACAAAGAGGUUAAUCAAAGUGUCAAGUCUGAACAGCAUAAUCACAAUUCUGUUCAUGAAAAUACUGAGAUAGAGAAACCAGAACAGCCUUAUUACAUAUCAGUUGACAAGGUUGCUGUGAUAAAUCCUAUGCAAAAUGGUGCGGAUGUAGAAACUGAUGAGAGAGACCACAUACCAAGCAGCAACGAAGCAGGUCCUGAAACUCAGGAUAAGAUGCUCAUAGCUGUCUCGCCGGGCACUUCAUCAAACAUGCUCAAGGAAGACAAUAAGUCGAUAUUGUUGGAACAAAAUAUUUCUGAAGAAAAGACAGAUCGUGGAAGGGUGAAAGAACACACCACCAUUCCUGGAUCUCGUGAAGAUGAAGUUCCUGAUCUGAAGGCUGUCAGCGAGCACAAGCAGAGUGUUGCGGAAUCUCCAAAAGAGAAGGGGCAACAGAAAUUUAAGCCAGCAAAACAGGCAGAGCACAUCCAGAAACAAGACAGAAACAAGAUAUGGAAACAUGAGGCAGUGAAGUUUUAG